AUGAAACGUGUCAUUUGCAUUAACAACAAGCACACCCAAGGGUGUGCCAGGCGCAGCCCACAGGCAGUCUACAAAGCAUGGCUGUGUUCGGAGUAUUUCAAAGCCUCACAACUUCUGUGUCCUCGCAGGAUUCCUUGUAAGCAAUACUGCCUGGAAGUCCAGGCCCGAUGUCCAUUUAUUCUACCAGACAACGAUGAUCUAAUCUAUGGCGGGUUGCCGAGCUUCAUCUGCACAGGGCUACUGGAAAAUCAUAUAACCAAUGCAGAGCCAGAAUGCUGUGAUGUCAGAUGGAAUACCUGUGAUCCAUCCUGGGAUAAAGGUUACAAUAUAUCUACCAAAUCCAUGGACUCCGUGUUGCAUCAUCAGUCUUCACUGCCCGUUUCAGCAGCACCUCGACUGUGCAACAGCAGACUCAAGCUGUGUGUUUUGGUAUUAAUUCUUCUACACACUGUGGUGACAUUUUCUGGGUUUCAGAACAAUAGCAGAGUUGGCAUGGAGACAGUAAGUGCACUGGAUGACAGUUCUGCGAGUGAAGAGUAGAAAAAGAUGUCUUCUUCCUUUCUUUUUUUGUUUCAACAGUUCGUACAGGGCCAUGGUACUGAACAGCAAAGAAGCUCGAGGAGUUUACAGAAGACCACCUAAUCAAAGAGCUGGGCUGCGGGCAGCCAUGUGUUACAGUGCACAGCAAGGCUUAGAAGAAAACAAAUCUGGCCAUGGCAGAUCCAGAAAUGCUUAUCUGCUCUGAUAAGGAAAGAUGGUUUAAAAUGUUAACUGAUAC